GCUUUAGCCAAUCAACUUGGUUCAUCGUUCAUCGUCAUUAGCAUUUGACUAGCCUACAUCGACAUGGCCAAUCCACUUGAAGUGCCGCCGUACCUCCUCCAACCGCUCAUCCCUAGCAUUACUGCAGGGACUGUCACUUGUGCGCAGGCCUUUGGGUCCGAGAUAUACGUUGGCUGCUCGAAUGGUGAGCUCCUACGUUAUGCCCUCCAUCCAGACGCGGAUCCCACCAAGCUAGACGCUUACGCUCUGCUCUCGCAACAGAGCCACCCUUCGGGCAAGCAGAUCGACGAGCUUAUCCUCGUACCUUGCAUUGCGAGGGCGCUAAUAUUAUGUGAUCGCCAAUUCCACAUAUACACCCUCCCUUCACUUGAUCUUGUCCCGAACAUUAAACCCAUCCGCAAUGUUGAGGCUCUCGCGGUCGACCAUAAUCACCUUCAGCGCCCUGCCGCGACAUCCCUUACCACCAGAGCCACUUCUACAUCAACAAAUUUUCCUGCUGAGCGAGGGAAAAAUGAUCCCGUUGACCUCUGCGUGAUAAAGCGUAGUACUAUCGCAAUGUAUACCUUGGGUGAUGAGAAGUUGACGUAUACGAGGGAAAUCCCCUUCCGAUCAGGAGCUCUCCGUGCUCAGCGUUCAGGGCACCACCUGUGCAUUGCAACUGCAGACAUGUACAGUGUAAUCGAUCUUGCGACCGCGCAUAUGUUUGAGCUGCUUCCGGUGACACAGGCCGAGGGCACAUCGGGUGCGAUCAAACCACAUAUCCUGGUCAUAUCUCCAUCUGAGUUCCUUUUACUGAGCUGGACGGGCGGGAGUACACUUGGCCUGUUCAUUACGGGUGAGGGUGAUCCCGUGCGCGGGACGCUUGAGUGGCCAGCGCAUCCAGUGUCUGUGUGCCUCGAUUAUCCCUACCUAACAACACUCCUGCCAAACGGCACAAUCGAAGUGCACAGCGUUGAAACGCAGGCGAUUAGCCAAGUCAUUCCUGCGCCUGAUUUUGGCGAAGGAGAGAAACCGGGCUUGGUCUCAUGCCUCGCUGGUUAUGCGGCGCCCUCCUCCGAGCGUUGGGACAAGAUGAGGAAGGUGAAAGUUAGCUUGGUACGCAGUGGGAAAGUGGGGCUGAAGGUGGACGAUGAGAAGGUUCAUGAAGGCCAGGACGAGAAAAUGAAGGAAGUGGAGAAAGAGAAAGAUGUGGAUGUCCCGAGUGUGUCUAUAUGACCGACCUGAUUAGUACACGUGCUCUUGACUAUCAUUCCGUUUCUCACACUUUGGGCCCCAGCUUAGUUGACCUAUCUCAUAUGAGAUGAUCUUGGGCAGAACAAGACAUUUAAGUACAGUGCAUGGUGUCCUGCAAGGCGCAGAUAGAGCAAGACAUGGCUGAACUGAUUAUUGUGACCAACAUCUCGGGGCGCCAACAUUCUGGUGCAGUCAGUGGUGAAUCGUGAUGGAUUCCACGACGAAGGCAAGCAGAAAUUGGAAAGUCCUUGUGCUCUCGGAAUCCAAGUGAUUAUCCGUACGCGAACCCAUCCUCUGCAAGGAUUGAAACAAGAUCAAUAUGAUUAGGGCGAACGUAAGGCACAGUAAGUAUUGAAAGCAGAAUGAAUG